AUGGUCUGCAUCCCCGGCCGAGCGAAAGGUCAUCAUCAGGGAAGCGAAAAGGCCGAACAAAAGAAGAAGAAAGAGGACGAGAAAAAGGCUAAGAAGGUGGCCGAUGCUAAGCAGGCACAGCGCAUCAAAGUUGUGAUCGAGAAGUACGACCCCUUGAAAAAACAAAUUGUCUGCGGUGAAGAAGAGAAUCCGAGAGAUAAGGAGAUAUACCGUGUGGCCAAGACGUUGAUCUACGACAAAGGGGAACCAAAUGAAAUGACUUUUGAUCUGUCCAAAUUCAAUAGCGUACAGAUCCGUGACCUCUCUCUGAAGUGUAAAGUCAGGGGAGGAGGCGGCAUGACAAUGUACGAUGCUAGGAAGGAGAUUGCCCGCAGUAUUGAGAUGGGAACCAUGUACCACGACACGACAGUUUCAAACCUUGCGUUGGACCCCUUAGCCAAGAGGAUCAACACUCUCGUCAAAGUCCUCAAUAUCUGCUUCCAUCCUACUAUUUACCCUUUCUUCGUCUCACUCAACGACAGCAAUAAUCGAAAGGAAUUCGAACGGGAGCCUCUUUCAAAGGAGGGUGUGACCGGAAAUCCGUUCAAGGACUUUUGGCUUCUCGUUUCAGAGCACAUCAAUGAGACGAAUGAGACGGUUGCGGAAAGGUUGUUUGACGACGUCUUGGGUCUCCAGGAGGGGGAAGACGAACAUCUACUUGCGUACAGUGCCGAAUUCGGUUUCAACUUGAAUGACAUUUACCGUGACCAGAACAACAGGUCAGUUCAGCGGCUGAUGAGCGACUUGAUGAAGUCCAAGGAUAAUUGUCUUGCGCAAAUGAAGAUAUCGGGCCACCAUAGCAAUGACAUAUGGACUUAUUGCGUAGUGAAGAGGUGGUGUACUCCUCGGAAGGGAAUGGCAGCCGUACCUGCCAUAGCGGUGUACUAUUGUGCCUAUCUCUGCAAACUCCAUCCCACAAUUGAAGGCAAAUUUGCCACGUUUCUCGAAGCCAGUUUGAAGAGUGAUUCCACCGUCGAUAUGACAGGAAGCGCUGAUGCUGCCGGUAAAGGCGGCAAACAAGUUGCGGCAGACGUCAUGGCAUCGAUCACCAGCGUCAGUUCUGACCUGAAAGAAUCCAUGGGCAAAAGGAAAGAGAAUGCGGAGGAUGCGGCGGAAACGAAUCAGUGGGACGGCUAUUUGGCCGUGGGCAACCAAUACCUGAAAAUUGUGGAGGAAAUAAAGAGGCGGUGA